AUGUAUAGUUCUCUAGCAAAUUAGCUUUGUUUUGGUGUUGACAGUGAAGCAACAGCAGACAUCUUGUGUGACCAGCCUCUCACCUCUCCAUAUUUCCUGGCAUGACACCAUAUUAUCUCCUGACGUAAUCGCAUCCAGAUGUACGACAAGAUGUCGGUGCUGCAGCAGGUGCUAACUGAUGCUCGUAAGUUGGCCACCCGCCUGCGAGACCAUGACUCCUCAGCCGACUCCUUGUUGUCCCAGGCUCAGGGAAUGUUCAAGCAAGUUGAGAGCAUGAAAGAGUACUGUGAGGAGAUGAAUGAGCUGAAUGAGGCAGCUAAUAACCGACCACGUAGUGCACUGAUACACUCCAUCCAGCAGGAGAAUAGACACAUCAGACAACUUCAACAGGAAAAUAAAGAAUUACGACUAGCGCUUGAAGAACACCAGAAUGUUAUGGAAUUGAUAAUGUCCAAAUACCGGCAACAGGUAGCUAAAUUAGUGACAGUUAACUCAAAACAGAUGCAACCCAACACUCAGGAACAGGCUAAGCUUGCAGCACAAAUAGAGAGAAUAAGUGAAAUGGUGGCAGUGAUGAGGAAAGCUGCAUCACUCGGAGAUGAUGAAAGUCAACAGCAGCAGAGACUCAUCACAGCGUUGGCUACUGAGAAUAAGGGUUUAAGGGAAAUGCUCAACAUUGCCAGCCUUUCUGGUUCCCUCCAGCCUGCAACUUCUGCUGUUGAUGCUGGCACACAGACUGAAAAAGAUUCACCCAAGUGUGAAGAACAAAGUACAUCACAAGAUCAAGAACCUGUUGAGCCUACAAGUCUACAGGAAGAAGAGAAAACAUCUUUAGAAUCUCACAAGAAUACAGAAUCAUGAUGAAUCUUAAAUAAAUUUAAUAGUAAUAUUCUUGCCUUUCUUCUUAUGCUCUCUAUGUUCAGAGGGACAUGAAAAUUGUCUUUGAACUUAGGAUGGUAAAGCAAAUUGCCAUUUAAGAAAUUUUUUCUUCCAACUGACAAAGUUUAGCAGCAAUUGAACUUUUAGAUGUGUGAAUGAAACGGAGUUAAGUGUUUCAAGAACUGAAACUAAAGUGAUAACUAUGUAAUAUUUGAAGAAAAUUUAUAGCUAGAGUGCACAUGUCAGUCUUGACAGCAGGUACAGACUGGUAUCUGAGAAUUGCUCUCAAACCCAUAUGCAUCAAGAUGAUUUUUUCCGCUCUGGCUUGUAUUGAAAUGAAAUACAAAAAGUCAAGUUAGUGACAAGCAUAACAAAGGUUUUUAUUAAAUGUUUCAGAAGAUUAUUGUUAAAUUUCAAGCCUUGUAUAUAGUUGUUUAGCCAGAGCAUAAACUAAGUAGCUAGCUCUUGUCACUCCAAAUCUCAAUUGGUUCAGUUGAUUCAUUCUUUUAACAAUAAUGGAGUGGGUUAUUUUGAGGUCUUGCUCUGAAUCAUAUUUUGAUUCAUUGGUUUGUAAGAUCUAAGAGACUUGGGAAGAAGAAGAGCUACAUAUUUUGUCCAUAUGCCCUCUCAUAAUGCGGAUUGAUGUACCCUCGUGCUAACUCAAACAUUGGUUUCUUAGCUCAGUGAUAAAAACACCUUAGCUUUUAUAUAUUCACCUGAUAUUAGUUGUCACUUUUUAAAUGUUCAUGUACAGGAAACUAUCAGCCAUGAUGGUAUAUCUGUCACAGAUAAAACAAAUAAGAAAAUGCUGACAAUUCACUUAUAGAUAAUUUUUAUAACUUAGAAUGCUUUAUCUUUCAAUAACCUAAUACUAUUACAGUAUGUCUUCUUUUUUUUUAUUAAAAGUACUGUAUCACUAAUUUAGUCACAGGUCUAGUGAGUGGAAGAGAGAAACAGUUGUGUGAAAAUGUUAAUUUUGUAUAUUUUGUAUAUUAGUUAUGGAAAUUUUAGCAUGUUUUGGAGAGUAAAAUUUUAUUAAAAAUACAGUAUCCAUUAAUAGCUGUCUGAUUUUUCACCCACAUUAUCCUUAUUUGUUUAACAUUAGUGUACAGGUAUAUCAUUAGCUAUUAUUUAAUAUUUACUACAAGGAUAUUCAAGUUUCACAGCAGAAUUUUUAUUAGAUUUUAUAUCUUCAUUGCUCACACUUUUGACUAAUCUUAAUUUCCUUUUGUAGAUUUUGAGAGGAAUAAUCAAGUACUGUACUAUUUAUUUUAUUGGAGUUACAUAAAUAAAAUAAAAUAUUUUUAACAUUGUAAAUAUGUGUAUGUUUCUGUUUCAUAAUUCUGAUUCCAAAGGAUCAGCAUCAGCUCAUGUACUGUACAUAUGUUGAUAACUUUUGUCACAUCAAUGCAUGGAUAUUUACUGACCUUUACAAGUACAGCUGAAUUCUAAAUAAACCCAUACUUCAUGUUUAUUAUUUUUUGGCUUAAAUGUGCAUAAGUUAUUAAUUUUUAUUUCUUAUUUAUUUAUUUAAUAUUUUUUUUAAUAACUGGAAGUUAAUUUGGAUGGCAAAGUAACCAAUUGCACUGGAAUAUUAAUAUAUUAUUGAAACCACAUGACCUACGUGUUAGUUACACUGAUAAUACUGCAUGUUCUAUGUAUACUAGCUAAUCAAUCAGUAGCACCCACCUGGUCUGCCUGCUUAUCAUUCACUUGUUAGUACCACAUGGUCUACUUGCUGGUUAUAAGCUAUAAAUGCCAUUUAUUCUUCCUCCUAUUAAAAUAUCAUUCUUAAAUGGUCCACCAGCUAAUAAAUAUUACAACACAAUUGAUAUAUGUUGAUAUAGUUAUCGGUUCCAGAGGUCUACUUAUUUAGUGAUGUGUCAUCACCAUCUAGGUAAAUUGUGUGUUGAGAUGUCACUACCAUGUGGUAUGAACAUAGCACAGUCUGACUUUGGUUGACCUAUUUGUACCCUGUGCUGUACUGAUGUACUUGUUGGCUGACCGAAUAUAUACAAUUUGAUAGUUUUUACUGUCGUCAGCCUUUGUUCUUUAAACAUGUGAAGCAGUUUUAUUGUCAUCAUGUGUUCAAAUGUGGUAAAACUGAUGAACUAAUUCAUUUAUUAACAUCCCCAUAUACUGUACUGUGAAAAGAUUGUAUCACUAAAAGUGCCAUUUCCAUUUAUAUGAUGACAUUGUCAAUUCUUUACUUCUUGACGAUUUUCUUAAGUUUAUAAUAAAAUACUAAAUUUUCAAAAUGCUUUUGAGAUUAACAACGUAAUGUUUACAGUAAUUUCAGUAAUUCUAACCUCAAAGUUUUAUCAAAUCACGACCGAACUGAGGGUGUCCUGCCAGUUUAUUAGGUGCUUUGUUUGAUGUGUCACAACUCCUGCCAGCUGCUCUAUAGCAUAUACCAUUGUACUCCCAUGACAUCCAAGGUGUACCUCUCUCUCAAAAUAAAGGCUUUAAUUUGAAA